GGCGGGGUCUCAUGCUCACCUGCGCAGGUCGUCUCGUUGCGGUCUUGAGAGGACGAGGAGGAGCAGGAGGGAAAGAUGCGCGUGAACAACGUCUCGUGCGGACACGACGUCCCCACCGGCGGAGUCCACAGCCAGUGGGCGGGACUAACGCUGGCCCUGCUCUCCGCCAUCCUGGUAGGCGGAAGUGUCAUCCUGAAGAAGAAAGCUCUCCUGCGAUUGGCCAACAGGGGGCAAACGAGAGCAGGCGAAGGAGGUCAUGGCUACCUGAAGGACUGCUUGUGGUGGAGCGGCCUGCUGACCAUGGGUGCCGGAGAGGCCUGUAACUUUGCGGCCUACAUGUUCGCUGCAGCCACGCUGGUGACGCCAUUGGGCGCCCUGAGCGUGCUUGUCAGCGCCCUUUUUUCCUGGUUCCUGUUGGGGGAGGAGUUAAACGUGUUGGGGAAGCUGGGCUGUCUUCUUUGUGUGCUGGGAAGCAUCCUGCUCGUCAUCCACGCCCCUCAGGAACAGGAAGUGACAUCACUGCGGGAAAUGAGCGCCAUGCUGCUGCAGCCCGGUUUCGUGGCGUUCAUGACGUCCGUGUCGCUGCUCUGCGGCGGCCUCGUCGCCGUCUCGUGGUUGGCGCCCGGCGUGGCGCGCUCCAGCGUGGUGCUCUACGUCGCCAUCUGCUCGCUGCUGGGAGCCUUCACCGUGUCCUCCGUCAAGGGCCUCGCCAUCGCCAUCCGCAGCGCCGCACUGUCUCAUCCUCUCACCUGGAUCCUGCUGCUCGUCCUCCUCGUCUCCAUAGUAACGCAGGUGCACUACCUGAACAAGUCUCUGGACACCUUCGACACGCAGCUGGUCUACCCCGUCUACUACGUCCUCUUCACCUCCGUCGUCCUCUGCACCUCCGUCGUCCUCUUCCGGGAGUGGAACAAUAUGGCGGCCGUGGACGUCGUCACGACCAUCGGCGCCUUCCUGGUCAUGGUGGUGGGCGUGGCCAUGCUCCAGUUAUUCAAAGAGGCGCAGGUCACCAUGGCGACGCUGACCAAUCAGCCGGCUCGGCCCGCGGAGAGGGAGGAGCUUGCGGACGCAGUUGCGGACAAUGCGGGAGGGGCACGAGGAGGAGGCGGGGCCACCAAAGAGGAUAAAUACACACUGGUGGACAACAUGGUGGUCGACAGUCGCCCCCCGGUGGCCAGUGAAGGACUGACAGUCUUCAUCAUCAGCUGACUCUUUCCACCUCACGUCAUGUUCUACAUAAUCAUGUACAAUUAUAUUUUUGAAAACA